CACGGGUCCGUUUGCAACCGUCGUUCCUCAGUCGCACUUCGCCGUCGCCGUCGUCGUUGGCGCGCGUCCUCGUAUCACUCCGCCGCGUUUCUUUCCCUUUCCCCUCUCACCUGCGAAACCAACGUCUCUGAUAAUAAUAAUAACGCGAUUUCGCAGCAAAAUUCCCGUGAUUUCGCACUGGUCUUGUGCGCGCCUUGUCGUCGUCGGUUAACGAAAAUCAUCGUUAAAAUAUCAAAAGUUUCGUCCGUUACCUUUUUUUUAAAUUUUCGCCGAUGAGUCGUAUAGUUCGGUUUGCUUUUCGUUUAUUCGCAAAUGUCUUCUGACGUGUUCAAAUCGUGACUCGUUUUGUGGUCGUCGGCGGUGGUGUGCCGUGCCGUGCCGCGCGUGAGUGUGUGUGUGUGUUUUUUGACGUGUGAUGCCGUUGUCGUUCAAAAAAAUCUUUUCGCGAAAACUGCUGUUCAGCCCGAAAGUCAUGGGUAACGCGGCGUCGCAUCACGAGCCGUUGGACCGGGUCGCCAGCCACGCGGGCUCGACGUUCCGGCGUUCGUCCAGUUGUCGGCAUAGCAAAUCCUCCAAGAGUGGUCGGUCGCCGUCUAAAAUGGACCGAUUACGGCGGAGUUUUCGAGACAGUUUCAGACGCCGUAAAGAUCUGGGAAAUACCGCCGGAUCGCCAGGCCAUCAUUCUAAUCCUAAGCCUCAUUUGUGGGCCAUGGACGAGGCUGAAGUCCGGGCUGGGAUAUGUUCCUUCCACGUUAAGGCGAAAAUAAUGUGUUCUGAAGAUGUGUGUGGAAUGAACUUCCUUGUGGAGUAUUUGGGCUGUGUCGAAGUCUUUGAAUCGAGAGGAAUGGAAGUAUGUGAAGAAGCUUUAAAAACACUGAGGGCAUCACGCCGCAGACCAGUCAGAGCUAUAUUUUACAUAUCAGGAGAUGGACUGCGAGUUGUUGAAGAAGAAACAAAAGGUUUGAUAGUAGAUCAAACAAUUGAAAAAGUUUCGUUUUGUGCCCCAGACCGGAGUCACGAAAAAGGAUUUUCAUACAUAUGCAGAGACGGACUGACUCGUCGAUGGAUGUGUCAUGGUUUCGUAGCUUUAAAAGAAUCGGGUGACCGAUUAAGUCAUGCAGUUGGAUGUGCUUUUCAAGAAUGUCUGAUUAGAAAAAAUAAGCGAGAAGAAGAUUGUUCUGUUACAAUGAACUAUGAUCCCAAAACAUCUGUUUUUACUAGAACUGGCAGUUUUAGAACUCCAUCUUUAACUGAACAACAAUCUGAACCUAAUAUUCCGCUCAAUGCUCCACCACAACCUCCCCCUUUUCUUCAGUUAAAUAAAGAUAUACCAACAACGGUAAAACCUUUGCAACAAAACCCUACAACACCAAAAGUUAGCACCAAUGCGAUUGAAAGACCGCAUGCUACACUGUCAAUGUUACAACGACAAGGAUCAUUUCGUGGGUUUACGCAACUUAAUCAAGCAUCUCCAUUCAAAAGGCAGUUGUCACUUCGAAUAUCUGAAUUGCCUUCUAAUUUGGAAAGAACGAGAUCAAUGAGUCUACAACCAACAGCAAAUUCCCGUACAUCUAAUAAACUUUUACAGAUGAAUACUCCAGUGAGUCCUAUACUUGAAGCUUCUCCUCGAAGUGAAAAACCAAUGUCAACAACAGAUCAAGUAACAGCUAUGUGUCAACAAAUGUCAUUAGAACUGGCGUUUCUUACAAAUAGUACAGCCAAUGACGAUUUCUCUGAAAAAUUUAAAUCAAAUGAUCCAAAAAGUAUAGAAAACAAUUCAAAACCAGGCCCGAUUUCUGGAAGUGAAGCAUUUCUUGCUAGUAUAUCAAAAAAAGCCACUUUAUCAACAGAAACCCAAAGCAACCCCUCCACUCCAAAACCAGAGAGUCGUAUUAGCCCUCAACAGGAUGAAGGCUUUGAUUCGGGUUCCAGCUUAUGGAAUAUUAACAACAAGGCAGUUACACCACCAACUCCCCCCGCUACUCCUCCAUCAUCACUUCCAAGGCCAGAGCAGUGGUUGGGUAAAGUGGCAGCAGUUACGUUACAGUCAAUGGAACCCCAGGUCACACCUAAAAGAAACCCACAUUUAGCAACACACAGUCGUGCGUUUUCUUUAGACACUGCUGAGGAUGUAUACCGCACGUAUAAUAAUAUUUCAGCCAAUCCAUUUGACCCUAAUUAUAUUGCCCCAAAACAAAAUACAAAUCCUUUUUUAAGUAGCCCAAUAUCAAGUAGCCAAAGUAAAACUGUAAAAACUUUUGAAGUUCAAAUGUGAUUAAUUCUCAAAAUUAUCAUCGUUGAACCAGAUAAA